AUGCCAGUAAAAUCACCUCAUGGGGUUUUGGAUAUCCCAGAAGUACCUUUUAGUGAUUUCUUCUUGUCACGCAUAAAAGAAUACGGCGACGAAAUUGCAAUGAUUGACAACACCGUUGAAGGUAAACAACUUACUUUCAGACAGCUGUACAAGCAAAUACAAUUAUGUGGCCGAUUUAUCCAAAAGCAAGGGAUAAAUAAGGGAGAUGUCGUGGGUCUAAUACUUCCUAAUUGCUUGGAAUAUGUAAUAGCAAUGAUGGGAGUAAUAUCUUGUGGAGCAGUUAUAUCACCAUGUAAUCCUUCAUAUAAAGAAGGAGAAAUGCAGCAUAACUUCAAAAUCACGGAACCAAAGAUGCUCAUUAUAUCUGAUGAAACAAUCGAUGUCGUGAAGAGAGUUGUCGAACAAACCAAUACCAUCAGGGUCAAAUAA